UACAUAUUUUUGUUUAAUGCUCCAUUUGAGAUAGCGGCGACCAGAAAUUCCUGGCAACCAAAAGACCACGAAGAACCGUAUUAGUAGUCAGUGGCCGUCAUGCUGAACGAGGGAUUCCAUUGGCUCUGGAGGAGCGUGCUCCGGAUCUUGAUGCGCUAUCAGCUCUUUCGCUGGCUCUGGGGCCUCUUCUCUGGGGCGAUCGAUAACCCAGUACCGUUGCAAAUCGAAAAAGGGGAAGAAGCAGACAACGGAUUGCCGGAGAGAAAGAGGAAGCAGGCGCCUCUGGAGCAGGCAAAAUCCACCGGAAGAUCAGAGCCAGAAUCAGUCGCGAUUAGAACCGUUCCAAGUGCAAAUGCUAAGGCAAUGGGCAAUGCAGGCAGUGCCGAAAUCGUAUCAAAUCAAAUCAUCCGCCGCCGUGAGAUGAGCACUAUGGGCAAGGAGACGGAGUCGCACAGUAUACCUAUUAGCGAGGGUCAGAAUGCCGAGCAUGUGCUGUACCGCCUGAAGAGGGGCUCCAAGCUGAGUGUUCAUCCGGAUGCCUCGCUGCUAGGCCGCAAGAUAGUCCUGUACACUAACUAUCCCGCCGAGGGAAAGAAAUUCGUGCGUACUGAUUACCGGGUUUUGGGAUGGCAACUGAGCAGUGGCAAGCAGAUCACAACGGUGAUGCAUCCAGAGGCCCAUGUCGUGGAUACGGACAUCUACAGUCAGGUGGAAUUGAAUAUGUCGGGAACGUAUCACUUUUACUUCCGGUAUUUGGAGAGACCAGACACUGGCAGCUCUGGCGCCGAUGGUGCUCUGUAUGUCCAAGUGGAGCCCACCCUGCAUGUGGGUCCGCCGGGCGCCCAGAAGACCAUUCCCCUGGACUCAGUGCGUUGCCAGACGGUGCUUACAAAGCUCUUGGGGCCACUAAACACCUGGGAGGCCAAGCUGCGCGUGGCCAAGGAGGCCGGCUACAAUGUGAUUCACUUCACGCCUAUUCAGGAGCUGGGCGGCUCCCGUUCCUGCUACUCGUUGCGUGACCAGCUUAGGGUGAGCUCCAUCUAUGCCAACCAGAAGGGCGGCAAGGUCAGCUUCGAGGAGGUGGAGAAGGUGAUCAAGAAGUGUCGCCAGGAAUGGGGGGUGGCCUCCAUCUGCGACAUUGUGCUCAAUCACACGGCCAACGAGUCGGAGUGGCUGCUUCAACAUCCCGAUGCCACCUAUUCGUGUGCCACCUGUCCCUAUCUGCGUCCUGCCUUUCUGCUAGACGCUGCCUUUGCCCAGUGCGGCCUGGACAUAGCCGAGGGCAGCCUGGAGCAUGUGGGCGUGCCUCAGGUCAUCGAGCAGGAGUGCCAUUUGGAAGCUUUAAAGUACCAGUUGCACACCUCCUACCUGUCCAAGGUCAAUAUCCACGAGCUGUAUCAGUGUGAUGCCAUGAAGUAUGUGAACGAAUUCAUGACCCAAGUGCGGACUCGUGAACCGCCUAAGAACGUGGCCAACGAGUCCCGCUUCGAGGAGAUCCAACUGAUACAGGACCCGGAAUAUCGACGCUUGGCCAGCACCAUUAAUUUCGAGCGAGCGCUGGAGAUCUUUAAUGCUUUCCAUGGCGACUGCUUCGAUGAGGAGUCGCGGUUCCGCAAGUGCGCCGAAACCCUUCGCCGUCACCUGGACUCCCUCAAUGAGCGUGUGCGUGCCGAGAUCCAGGGAUACCUCAACUAUGCCAUCGACAAUGUCCUGGCCGGCGUGCGCUACGAAAGAGUCCAGGGCGAUGGACCCCGAGUAAAGGAGAUCUCCGAGAAGCACUCGGUAUUCAUGACCUACUUCACGCACACGGGCACUCUGGGCAAGUCCCUGACCGAGAUUGAGGCCGAUAUGUACUCCAAGGCGGGUGAUUUCUUCAUGGCCCACAAUGGCUGGGUGAUGGGCUCUAGCGAUCCGCUGCGAGACUUUGCCGAGGAGCAGCCGGGCCGCGCCAAUGUCUACCUCAAGCGAGAGCUGAUCUCGUGGGGCGAUAGUGUGAAGCUGCGGUUUGGCAGGAAGCCAGAGGAUAGUCCCUAUCUGUGGAAGCACAUGACCGAGUAUGUAGAGACCACUGCGCGCAUCUUUGAUGGCGUGCGCCUAGACAACUGCCACUCCACGCCGCUGCAUGUGGCCGAAUAUCUCCUGGAUGCUGCGCGCAAGAUCAACCCGGAGCUGUAUGUGGUGGCGGAGCUGUUUACCAACUCGGAUGCCACGGACAAUGUGUUUGUCAACCGAUUGGGGAUUACCUCUCUGAUCCGUGAGGCUCUUUCCGCCUGGGAUUCACACGAGCAGGGUCGCCUGGUCUACCGGUAUGGCGGUGUGCCUGUGGGUGGAUUUUAUGCCAACUCUUCGCGACACGAAGCCUCCAGUGUGGCGCAUGCUCUGUUCCUGGACCUCACCCACGACAAUCCAUCGCCGGUGGAGAAGCGUUCCGUUUAUGACUUGCUGCCCUCGGCUGGCCUGGUUUCCAUGGCCUGCUGUGCCACAGGCAGCAACCGUGGUUACGAUGAGCUGGUGCCCCAUCAUAUCCAUGUGGUAGAUGAGGAGCGCACUUACCAGGAAUGGGGCAAGGGCGUUGACUCCAAAUCUGGGAUAAUGGGCGCCAAGCGGGCUCUAAAUCUGCUGCACGGCCAGCUAGCGGAGGAGGGCUUCAGCCAGGUGUAUGUGGACCAGAUGGACCCCAAUGUGGUGGCCGUCACACGUCACUCGCCCACCACUCACCAGUCGGUUAUCCUGGUGGCCCACACGGCCUUUGGCUAUCCGUAUCCAAAUGCCGGACCCACCGGGAUCCGACCGCUGAGAUUUGAGGGCGUGCUGGACGAGAUCAUUUUGGAGGCCAGUCUGACCACAAAGAGCGACAAGCCUUUCGACCGGCCGGCUCCCUUCCAGAAGGAUCCCAAUGUGAUCAAUGGCUUCACCCAGUUUGAAUUGCAUCUCCAGGAGCACAUCCCACUGGCAAAGUCUACGGUCUUCCAGACUCAAGCCUUUGUGGAUGGCAACAACACGGAGCUGAAGUUUGUGAAUUUACGGCCGGGCACUGUGGUGGCCAUAAGGGUAUCCGUGCAUCCGGGUCCGCGUGCCAGCUUUGGCAAGUUGCAGAAGCUCACGAAUGACCUGCGUCUGGGAGCGGGCGAGGAGUGGUCUCAGCUGCAGGCCAUUGUCUCGAAACUGGAUUUGGUGGCUCUUAGUGGAGCUUUGUUUAGCUGCGACCAGGAGGAGCGGGAUUUGGGCCAAGGAGGCUCUGCCUACGAUAUACCCAAUUUUGGAAGGAUUGUUUACUGCGGCCUGCAGGGUUUCGUCUCUCUGCUGACGGAAAUCUCGCCCAAGAAUGACCUGGGUCAUCCUUUGUGCAACAAUCUACGCGAUGGCAACUGGAUGAUAGAUUACAUUGCUGAUCGCUUGAACAGCUAUGAGGAUCUGAAGCCACUCUCCGCCUGGCUAAAGACAGCCUUUGAGCCUCUGAAGAAUAUUCCACGCUACCUGGUGCCCUGCUACUUUGAUGCCAUCAUCAGUGGUGUCUACAAUGUGCUCACCAACCAAGUCAACGAACUGAUGCCAGAUUUCAUCAAAAACGGCCACAGUUUCACCCAGUCCCUGGCCCUGUCCACGCUGCAGUUCCUCUCCGCCUGCAAGUCGGCAAAUCUGCCUGGAUUUAGUCCUGCCAUCAGUCCACCCAAGCCACCGAAGCAGUGUGUGACCCUAUCCGCCGGUCUCCCGCAUUUCUCCACCGGAUAUAUGCGCUGCUGGGGUCGCGACACCUUCAUUGCCCUGCGCGGCUCCAUGUUCCUGACCGGUCGCUACAACGAGGCCCGCUACAUCAUCAUUGGCUUUGGCCAGACCCUGCGGCAUGGCUUGAUUCCCAAUCUCCUGGACAGUGGCAGCAAGCCGAGAUUCAAUUGCCGCGAUGCCGUCUGGUGGUGGAUGUACUGCAUCAAACAGUAUGUGGAGGCGGCGCCCAAGGGCUCGGAGAUCCUAAGGGAUAAGGUAUCGCGCCUCUUCCCCUACGAUGAUGCCGAGGCCCAUGCUCCUGGAGCAUUUGAUCAGCUGCUCUUCGACGUGAUGCAGGAGGCGUUGCAGGUGCAUUUCCAGGGGCUGCAGUACAGGGAGCGCAAUGCCGGCCAUGAGAUCGAUGCCCAUAUGGUGGAUCAGGGCUUUAACAACCACAUCGGUGUGCAUCCGGACACUGGGUUCGUGUUUGGAGGCAACAACUUCAACUGUGGCACCUGGAUGGACAAGAUGGGCUCCUCCCAGAAGGCCGGCAACAAGGGCAGGCCAAGUACGCCUCGCGAUGGCUCCGCUGUGGAGCUCAUUGGCCUGCAGUACGCCGUGCUUCGGUUCAUGCAGGGUCUGGCCGAGAAGGAACAGAUUCCGUACACAGGCGUCGAGCGCAAGGGACCAUCGGGCGAGCAGACCAAAUGGACCUACAAGGAGUGGGCGGAUCGCAUCAGGGAAAACUUUGACAGGCACUUUUAUGUGUCGGAAUCGGAGACCGGCUCGCUGGCCAACAAGAAGCAAAUCUACAAGGACAGUUACGGAGCCACCCAGAGCUGGACGGACUUCCAGCUGCGCUGCAAUUUCCCCAUCACCCUGACCGUGGCCCCGGAGCUGUGCAAUCCCCAGAAUGCCUGGCGUGCUUUGGAGCAGGCCAAGAAGUACAUUCUAGGACCGCUGGGCAUGAAGACACUGGAUCCUGAGGAUUGGAAUUACAGGGCCAACUAUGACAACUCCAAUGACUCCACCGAUUGCACGGUGGCCCAUGGCGCCAACUAUCACCAGGGACCGGAGUGGGUCUGGCCCAUAGGUUUCUAUCUGAGAGCGCGCCUAAUCUUUGCCAAGAGGUGUGGCCAUCUGGAUGAAACCAUUGCCGAGACAUGGGCCAUUCUGCGUAACCAUCUCAGGGAACUACAGACGUCCCACUGGCGAGGCCUGCCCGAGUUGACCAACGACAAUGGUUCCUACUGCGGUGACUCGUGUCGCACGCAGGCCUGGAGUGUGGCUGCCAUACUAGAGGUGCUGUACGACCUGCACUCCCUGGGAGCGGAUGUGGCCUAAGGAUAUACCAGUGAGGGAAAGAGGGAUCCACCGUUGCAUACUCAAACCUUAGACCUGUUAGUUGUUACACCUUGGAUACGGAUUUGGGAAUGAUCUUCCCAGCCAGCUUUGUCCUUGUCAUUUUUUGCUAAUUCCUAAUUAAAGUUGCAAUUGUUUUUAAACUAA